AACUUGUUUUUUUUUUUUAAUCUUAUGAGUGAGCUAAUAAUAGACCUGUAUUAUUAUAAUUAAGACUAUGCUUUUCUGUUAACUGGAUGACGUCGUAUAUAUUGGACCAUUCAAAUUUGUGGAGAUUCUGAACUAACUCGAUUCAAUCACAAGAUGCUUUUCCUAUCUGGAACCAAGUUUAUUGGAUGGAUUUAUUGUAAACUUUUCACCCAACUCUCCACUGUGGUUGUGUGCGCUAUCUGCCUGAGACUUGUAGGUCCAGCCGGAAGUCAGACGUACGAAGACGUCCGGUCCAUCUUCACCGAGACGGUGGAGAACGGCGUCUACCACACGGACAUCCGGCCACUGGUCAACCAGUCCAAGGCCAUACAGAUCAGUGUGCGAUUUGAGGUCGUGUCCAUAGUGGAGGUCAAUGACGUCACUCAGAGCUUUGUUUGUAACGGAUUCAUGGGAUUUUUCUGGACCGAUGAGAAGCUACAAUGGAAUCCCAUGAUGCACGGCGGCCAUCGUGUCAUCCACCCCCUCCCACAGAACAUCUGGAGACCCAGGGUUAUCUUGAUGAACACACUGGGUGACAGGGACCUCUUUGACGACGCUAAAGCACCUAUUUUUGUUAUGGCCAAUGGGACAACGUUUUGGCUGCCCGGAAGUUUGUUUCCCGUGUCAUGUCAGCUUGACCUGACCUACUAUCCCUUUGAUAUCCAGACCUGUGUGAUUAAGUUGCUAGCCAUGUCCCUGUCAGUGACGGAGAUCGAGUUCCUGACACCAACACCCAACGUCUCUCAGAGUUUCUUCACGCCCAACGGCGAAUGGGAGAUCCUCAGCGCCACUGUCAACAUUGGGACUGUCGACACGGGAGCCAAAUUGCCGUCGAUUGAAGUAUCCUUUGUGCUCAAGAGGCGACCAUUUUUUGUCCUGAUGAAUAUACUCCUACCCGUUGUGUUUCUUUCGUUUCUCAACCUCCUAGUUUUUGUCAUACCGGUGGAUUCAGGGGAGAAAAUCGGAUACGGUAUCACAGUUCUGUUGGCCUUGACCGUGUUCAUGUCCAUCAUCAGCAGCAUGCUGCCAAGGUCAUCGCUGUCCACGCCCAACUUGACCACCUACAUCUUCAUCCUACUCAUUAUCUCCAUGCUGACCGUCAUCGAUAGUAUCAUCAUCGUAUACAUCUUUAACAUGGAAGAGAAAGAAAAGGUACAAAAAAGAGCACAAAACAAUUUCCAGCAGGCGUUUAAAAAAGUCAAUGUACUCAGACGAGCCAUCUCGCCCAUGGAAAACCACACCUCGACCAACCACACGACCAACCACACAACCAACCACAUGAACGGGAGUCGACAAAGCCUACAGUCGAUCUCGUCAUUUGCACUCACCAAACAACCGCGGACCGACGAACAGGAUGACGAAUCGCAAGGUUCGAUGGGAAGGGAAACCGAACCCUCGGUCAACAAGUACAAGGUGGUCGGCAAGCACAUCGACAAAAUUUCCUUCAUUGCUUUCUCCGUCAUCUGGAUAUCAGUCACACUUGGGUUCAUUAUCAGCAUGGCGUUAAAUGAGUAAACAAAAAUGUGUGAGUUAAUUGACAAUUACGUGAGUGAUUAUAGUUGAAUCAAGGAAAAAAAAAUAUUUAAAAUUUUGGGGUCAUCCAUAACUGACGUCACUUGAUGUCGCUGAAUUUUAGCUCCUCCUAUUCUGCACAAUAUACUGUGGAGAAAAUUCAGAACCCCUAACACGCUUUAGCAUCCAUCCCACCUUCAAUUUAAAUUUCUUGUUUGAUUUUGGCUAAAUAGUUUUUGAAGGAAAUUUAUAGAUCUAGAUCUUUCUACCAACUGUUGCUGUUAGAUAGCUAGCUUGAUUAUAAUAAAAACUAACAAAUCAUUAUUUCAUACUACAAAGGUAAUAUUAG